UAUGAGGUUAUGUUGAUUAGUGAGCGCAAACUUUAAUGUUUAAGUGCAAAAAAUAAGUACUCGACAAAUAUGGAUGUCGACAGUGAUUUACCAAGUACUGUUCAAGCAAAAUUUAAAUCAGAUACAGGAGAAGAAACCGGAAGUCCCUUAGAUUUACCGUUAAACGUUACAAAGGACCAACUCCAACUUAUUUGCAAUGCACUCUUACAAGAGGAAGACAAACCAUUCUUGUUUUUUGUCAAAGAUGUUGAAAUAACAUCUACGCUUAAGGAAUCAUUGGAUUUAAAAAGUCUAAAUUCAGAAGAAGUUGUAGAAAUAAUAUACCAACAACAAGCAGUAUUUAGAGUCAGGCCAGUCACCAGAUGUACAAGUUCCAUACCUGGACAUGCAGAAGCCGUAAUAUCAACAAGCUUCAGUCCUUCGGGAAAGCAGCUAGCAAGUGGAUCUGGUGACACUACCGUUCGAUUUUGGGACCUCAACACACAGACACCAUUACAUGUUUGUAAAGGUCACGCAAAUUGGGUGUUGUGCAUAAGCUGGUCUCCGGAUGGCACAAAAUUAGCAUCAGCAUGCAAACAAGGCAAAUUAAUACUUUGGGAUCCUGUGACCGGCAAUCAAAUUGGAAAAACCAUGCAAGGACACAAACAGUGGAUUACUGCACUGGCAUGGGAACCAUACCAUAAAAACUCUGAAUGUCGAAAGUUAGCCUCUUCCUCAAAAGAUGGUGAUGUCAGAAUAUGGGACACGGUGUCUGGUAUCACAGUACUCAGUCUCACAGGACACACUAAGGCAGUCACAUGUGUGAAAUGGGGUGGCACUGGUCUAAUCUACACUUCUUCCCAGGAUAGAACAAUUAAGGUAUGGAGAGCAGACGACGGCAUUCUGUGCCGAACUCUGGAAGGGCACGCACAUUGGGUGAACACACUGGCACUUAGCACGGACUACGUUCUACGGACUGGACCCUUCCAUCCUAUCCUAGACCAGCAGGGAUUCAUGUCUGACAAAAAAGUUUUACAACAGCGAGCCCUCGAGCGCUACCAAGCCGUAUGUCCUAGCGGGCAGGAGCGCCUGGUGUCGGGCUCCGACGACUUCACGCUGUUCCUGUGGCUCCCGGAGAAGGAGAAGCGCCCUCUAGCGCGUAUGACGGGACACCAGCAGCUCAUCAACGACGUCAAGUUCUCGCCAGACUCAAGAUUGAUAGCGUCAGCAUCGUUCGACAAGUCAGUAAAGCUGUGGGAAGCGGCGACGGGGAAGUUCAUAGCGACGCUCCGCGGUCACGUGCAGGCCGUGUACUCGCUCGCCUGGGCCGCCGACUCGCGGCUGCUGCUCAGCUCCAGCGCGGACUCCACGCUCAAAGUAUGGAACAUGAAGACCAAGAAGCUGGAAUUGGAGUUGCCGGGCCACGCGGACGAGGUUUACGCCGCGGACUGGGCGCCGGACGGCGGCCACGUGGCCUCCGGCGGGAAGGACAAGGUCUUGAAAUUAUGGCAACAUUAAAAAUCAAAAGCGGAAUAAUGCAGUACAUAACUUUAUUGUACAAAAUAUAAUAAUAAAAUACAUAAGCAUGUA